CGCUCUUCUCCUUCCUCCGGCCGGUCUCCCAAUUCCCACCUCAUUUCCCUCGCCCUUGCAGCCAUGGCCCACCUGCAGCUCUCGGCGGUGCGCGCCGCCGGCGGCCGCGACGACAUGGAGGACGUGGCGCUGCUGGGCUCGUACGACGAGGAGAUGGGCGCGCCGCCGCCGGAGGAGGAGGAGGAGCAGGAGGCGCAGGUGCGGGUGACGGGCAUGACGUGCUCCGCCUGCACCAGCGCCGUCGAGGCCGCCGUCUCCGCGCGCCGGGGCGUGCGCAGCGUCGCCGUCUCGCUGCUCCAGAACCGCGCCCGCGUCGUCUUCCUCCCCGCGCUCCUCAAGGUCGAGGAUAUAAUAGAAGCCAUAGAAGAUGCCGGCUUUGAUGCUGAAAUUCUCCCAGAUUCUGCAGUAUCUCAACCAAAGUCACAGAAGGCGUUGUCAGCACAGUUUAGGAUAGGAGGAAUGACGUGUGCCAAUUGUGUGAACUCGGUUGAGGGUAUCUUAAGAAAGCUACCUGGUAUAAAAGGAGCAGUCGUUGCCUUGGCAACCUCAUUGGGAGAAGUUGAGUAUGAUCCUUCUGCCAUUAGCAAGGAUGAAAUUGUUCAAGCUAUCGAGGAUGCUGGUUUCGAUGCUGAAUUCCUACAGAGCAGCGAGCAAGAUAAGAUUUUGCUAGGCCUGACCGGCGUGCAGACAGAGAGCGAUGCAGAUGUACUACAUGAUAUCCUGAAGAAAAUGGUUGGUAUGCAACAGUUUGGCGUAAAUACUGCCCUUUCAGAAGUUGAGAUUGUAUUUGAUCCAGAAGCUGUUGGUCUGAGAUUAAUCGUGGAUACCAUUGAGAUCGAAAGCAAUGGGAGAUUCAAAGCGCAUGUGCAGAAUCCUUACAGUCGCGGGGCUUCAAAUGACGCACAUGAGGCCUCCAAAAUGCUCCAUCUUCUCCGCACUAGCUUAUUCCUAAGUAUACCAGUAUUUUUUAUACGUAUGGUCUGCCCUAGUAUACCUUUCAUCAGUACAUUACUUCUCAUGCACUGUGGACCAUUUCAUAUGGGCGAUUUGGUGAACUGGAUAUUGGUGAGCAUUGUACAGUUUGUUGUUGGCAAGAGAUUCUAUGUCGCAGCUUACAGAGCCCUAAGACAUGGUUCUACAAAUAUGGAUGUGUUAGUUGUUCUUGGCACCACUGCAUCGUAUGCAUACUCCGUCUGUGCACUCAUAUAUGGAGCAUUCACUGGAUUUCAACCUCCCAUAUAUUUUGAGACAAGUGCAAUGAUAAUUACGUUUGUGUUAUUCGGGAAGUAUCUAGAGGUUCUUGCAAAGGGGAAGACGUCAGAUGCUAUUAAAAAGCUUGUAGAACUCGUCCCUGCUACUGCUCUUUUGCUUCUGAAAGACAAAGAAGGAAAAUUUGUUGAGGAGAGGGAAAUUGAUGCUCUGUUAGUCCAACCUGGUGAUGUCUUGAAAGUGCUUCCUGGUUCGAAAGUUCCUUCUGAUGGUGUUGUUCUUUGGGGAACAAGCCAUAUCAAUGAAAGUAUGAUAACUGGUGAAUCUGCACCUAUGCCCAAAGAAAUAUCGAGUGUAGUAAUUGGCGGGACAAUCAACUUGCAUGGUAUCCUUCAUGUACAAGCAACUAAAGUAGGAUCCGGGACUGUUUUGAGUCAAAUAAUAUCUCUGGUUGAAACUGCUCAAAUGUCCAAGGCCCCUAUUCAGAAAUUUGCUGAUUAUGUGGCUAGCAUUUUUGUUCCUAUCGUCAUCACCUUGUCCAUCCUAACGUUCUGUGUGUGGUUCUUAUGUGGAUCAUUUGGAGCAUACCCACAUUCAUGGUUUGAUGGAACUAGCAAUUGCUUUGUUUUCUCCCUCAUGUUCUCCAUAUCUGUAGUGGUGAUUGCUUGUCCUUGUGCCCUUGGUCUGGCAACACCAACUGCUGUAAUGGUUGCAACUGGAAUUGGGGCUAACCAUGGAGUACUUGUGAAAGGCGGAGAUGCAUUGGAGAGGGCUCAGAAUGUAAAUUAUGUGAUUUUCGAUAAAACAGGGACACUAACACAAGGAAAGGCUGUUGUAACAACUGCAAAGGUUUUCUCUGGAAUGGACCUAGGAGAUUUCCUCACACUAGUAGCAUCUGCAGAGGCAAGCAGUGAGCAUCCUCUUGCAAAAGCUAUUUUAGACUAUGCAUUUCAUUUCCAUUUCUUUGGCAAGCUCCCUUCAUCUAAGGAUGGCAUUGAGCAAAGAAAAGCACAGAUAUUGUCCCAAUGGUUGCUUGAAGCUGAAGAUUUCUCCGCAGUGCCUGGAAAAGGAGUUCAAUGUUCAAUCAACGAGAAGAAAGUUUUGAUUGGAAACCGUACCUUGAUGAAUGAAAAUGGAGUAAGCAUUCCUCCGGAAGCUGAAAGUUUCUUGGUAGACCUGGAACUGAAUGCAAAAACAGGCAUUCUGGUGGCGUACGACGGUAGUUUUAUGGGGUUGAUGGGGAUCGCUGAUCCUCUGAAAAGGGAGGCUGCUGUAGUUGUGGAAGGACUAAAAAAGAUGGGUAUUCAUCCAGUGAUGCUCACAGGUGACAACUGGAGAACUGCACAAGCUGUUGCGAAAGAGGUUGGCAUUGAGGAUGUAAGAGCAGAGGUCAUGCCUGCUGGCAAAGCCGAUGUUGUUCGCUCGCUCCAAAAGGACGGGAGCAUAGUUGCCAUGGUUGGGGACGGCAUCAAUGACUCCCCAGCCCUCGCUGCAGCCGACGUUGGGAUGGCCAUUGGAGGUGGCACGGAUAUCGCCAUCGAAGCCGCGGACUACGUGCUGGUGAGGAACAACCUGGAGGAUGUCAUCACGGCCAUCGACCUCUCCAGGAAGACGUUUAACCGGAUCCGCUGGAACUACUUCUUCGCCAUGGCGUACAACGUCGUUGCGAUACCAGUGGCCGCCGGGGCGCUGUUCCCGGUUACCGGGCUCCAAAUGCCACCGUGGCUGGCUGGUGCCUGCAUGGCCUUCUCGUCUGUAAGCGUCGUGUGCUCCUCACUCUUGUUGAGAAGAUACAGAAAACCCAGGCUCACCACCGUGCUGCAGAUAACUGUAGAGUGAUUUUUGUGAAUACUGUAAGUCUGUAAGUCCCCUCCACCAUUUUUACAGAAUGAGAUGAAAAGGAAAUGAAAAUGGCGUAUGCUGUAAAUAGCGGAUCGGUUGCUCA